GCCAAAUUCAAAAUUCGAUUCGUCACUAUCUCUUUUGUUCCGGCAAGACAUCCAUACCCAUCUGCCAUGGCCAAAUUUUUCAAGUGAAACAAAAUAACCAUUUCAAAAUUAUCCAGUACAAAUAAACCGGUAAAUAGCCCUCAAAACCGUAAACCAGAAACCGACAAUGGCGCUCGUGAUUAGAAAAACAUUUUUGCCGAAAAACGUAUCAAUUCUGAAAUGUAUGAAGGGACGACCGAUUGCCUCUGCACCAAAUAAAAAGCACACCGCACCACUGUUUCACAAUCAAAUGAAGAGGACUUUGAGCAGGAGAGUACAAAGGUUAACUUUAACGACAUGUCCAAAGCUUGAAGACGGCAAGACGUGGAAUGGACAAGGCAGUUGUCUACUCUAUAAGAACGCAUCGAGUCCAUGCUUGGCACUUUCCAGAAAAAGACGUACAGACUACUUAGCAAGAUCGUAUUCAGCUGUCUUCCACACAGAUAUACCUUUAUUUCACAGUAACAAAGUUUUCCCUAAUCAAAUACCCAUGAAAACCCCAUGGCGAGAGUUUUCGACGGCACAGAAAGUUCCCACGCAUGCUAUACAAGGCUUACAAACCGCCUGCGCUUGCCCGUGUCCCUGUCCAGGUACCACUUGCCUACCCCCUCCCUGCAACACCCCCCCAAAAUGUCUCCAAUACAUGACAGGGUACUACUAUUACCCGUACGGUACUUGGUUCUGUGGUCCAUACCAUGUGUCUACAGGACCACGCGGGCCUUGCACUGGACCAGUUUCCCCAGGUCCAAAUGGACCAUGCCCAUGUGGUCCAUGUGGGCUUCCAUGUGCUUGCGGGCCACUCCAAUGCUGUGGAGUAUGUGGUUCACCAAAUAUAACUCCUCAAACACCAAAUUCACCAAGCGCACAUUUUGUUCCUUUCAGUACGCAUGGCUAUCCUUAUGCGUUUAACAAUUUUGGGCAAUAUUGCGAAUAUUACGAUCAGACCCCAUCAUUUUCUCAAUACCCUGAUUCCUGGACACAGCCAAACACAAGUCCAAGCAUGCCUUCUCACAUGCCAAGUCCAUAUUUCGGGCCUGGGAUAAACGUCCCUAUAGCACCGAUACCAGUCAACACAGAACCACAAAGUCCAAUAACUUCAACAGCUAAUCAACCAUCUAAUCCGAAACCAAAGUCAUCUGUCCGUAUCAAUCGGGAGUACAUGAGAGAACCAUCCGUGCCGUCUUACGGUUCUAAACCACCAAUGCCCACGAGACCACCAAAGCCAACAGUCUAUUUCAAACCUUUUACCAACUCACGACAAAUCUCUACUUGCCCGUCGAAUCUUAAACCGAAAGCGUUACGACAGAUUCCACGUUCACAAUAUGAUGUAAGGCAAAAAUCAUUUGUUAAGCCAAGAAAUAAUAGCCGGAUGAUGCCCUCGGACACAAUUCAAGUAUGCUAUUAUAGUACUAGAAGCAUUGAGAAGUAAGCCCGUAACGUUGUUAGUUUAACUUCUAGAGAAAUGAAUCAAAGGGAGCCUUAUAAUGAAACGUCGACGGUACAUCUACAAGAUUCUCAAUGUUGGCAGUAAACUGUGUGUGUGUUUGUCAAAAAUACCUGCUCAUUUCGUCCAAACCC